CAGUUGGCCUGCAGCCUUCUGUUGGGCAGAUCCGGGGGCACCAGGUUCCCAGUUACCCAGGUUCGCCGGUUCUGGCCAAGCUCAAAGUCAAACAGCGUCGGGAAAGUAAACUGAGCUUGAAAGUCAAUAAGCGGGGCGCAGGGUUUGGGCCUGAGUGCCACCUGAGUUUCCAAGGAUCUCGACCCGGAAAGUGUUGAAAAGCGUUUAAAGCUUAGUAUCCUUUUUUUAAUUUUUUCUUCAUUGAUUUGGUCAAAUGUUUGCAAGAAGUCAAGAGAAUGCUCGAACAUAGAAUAUCUCAAGUUUCUACUGAAGUCAGUUAACUUGAAAAGGCUCUAAAUACACGAAAAACAUACAACAAAUAAACUGGAUAGCUAAAAUAUAGCUUAGCCAAGAAAAUCAAAUAGUUUUGACGUAAUGUUAUAUUAUUCCCAUAAUUUAUGAUACAAAUUUGAAGUGAAUAAAAUUUGCUUGAUAAAUCCUCAGUUUACCUAAGAAGAUAAAAUCAUGGCUCGCCGUAAAAACAAAAAACAAAUGCUGAUAGAAAUGCUCACGCGGCCCCAAAAUGUGGAUCCUUCCAAGUCGAUGGAAAAUCAAAAAAAUCCGGAUUUAAAGCAAAAAACGAUGGUUGCGGCGGCCGCGGCCAAAGGAUACAACCUUCCUCGGCCCUUGAAGAGGGAUGUUAUCCGCAAGAUUUGCAGAUUGCCACCAGAAACGUGCAAUCAGAAGACAAAAGCGCAAGUGAUGUACUACAAUUCCAACUACGGAAGGUUUAAGAAAGCCAAUCUCAGCCAAACCGAUUUUCACGAGCCUACUUGUCCCAAAACUCGCAGAUCGACAAAAGCCAAUGAAAACCAGAAAUUUAGUACUGCAUCCAGGCAGAGGACGCAAAAGAAGAAAACAAAAUAAUCUUAAGUCUUCGAAUCCGUAUGGAUAUACUAUAUAUUCUAUUCUUGGAUGGCAUGAUUAUGUGUUCACCAAGUCCUGUGUUUUUUAUACAUUUUUCAUGUACAUAACGCCUUGUGAAAUACUGUUCAAUACACGCAUCU